GAUGUGUCUCAUAGCAACGACUGGCGAUUGGUGGCUCUUUCUCCACAUCUUCUCCAAGCCUUUGAGACUGCCCUGGUGCACAGGGGUCUCCCAAAAUUGAUAAACCCUGUGGAAAUAAAUCAUCUUGUAGGUUAGACUAGCAUAAAGAGAUUGCCAAACAUGCACCAGGAGGUUAAGUAUGGCCGUCGUCAAGACUGGCAUCUGACGAGUACUGGAGUUGGCCACCAUCACCGCCCCGGAUAUUUCUUUCCAGAUUCUGAAUUCAAGACUCUUCUAAGGGAACCGUUGCCCCCUGGCCUGGCCAAAGAGAAUGAAGUGACCAACGACAAACCCUACCUCACCACCAAGGAGCAGUUCCACGACAAAAAGUACCCAGGCUUGCUCUACAAAGACCCGGAGCAUAAGAAGGCCCCGGGUCACUGGAAGGUCACCUACAUGAAAGACCUCACGGAGAAGCUGGGCCAGGGCGGGUGGCGGCGGCCGCUGACCAUGGGGAACCAGCUGAGCGAGAUGAAGGCGGAGUACCAGUCGAAGGCCCCGGAGGUCAAGGAAAAGUACAAGUUUGAGGAAGUCUAUCACCCGCAGAACUUCCUGCUGCAGGACCACCACAAGGAGGGACCCUCAAAGGUUGGGGCAGCCAGCACCCAGAACCCCAAGCUGCAAGGCCAGCCGUUCUACGUGAAGGACAAGGGCGUGCUGAACAUCCUUGACCCCUACCUGAGCACCACCCAGCGCGACCACCGCAUGUUUACCCAGGGGGAGAUGGGCGACUACCCGAAGAAAGACGUGCCGACGUACUGGCAGUGUGAGGAGUACCCCAAGGCCUGGGGACACGGGCUGCACCAUAACCCUCUGCCAAAGGACAACGUUCCCCGUGGCAAACUGCCGAUGAGAGAUGAGACGAUCUUCCCUACAGCCACAAAGAUUCCUCGGCUGCCCAAAGCUCUGGUGCCAGUGCCGCACGCAGGUCUGAAGAGCCUGUACGACGAAUCGUUCCAGUUCCCGUCUCACGUGAACAUGAAGGAGAACUAUUACUGCCCGGUGGACACGCCCUUCAAACUGCCGGACCCCGGGACCAAGUCUGUCUACACCGCACCCAAAAUGUACAACACCGAGUACCAGAACAUCGGCAGUCGGAAGCCCAUCACCGUUACUAAAUAAGUUUUUAAAAAAAUAUAUAAAUAAAUUCCUUUUUCUAAUGUUUGUGAUGGGGGUGGAGAAGAGGGUCCACCUUAUGCCCUUAUUUGGACAGAGGAGAAGCUAAAUGGAAAAUGUUGGGAACUAGAUCUAGAAAUGGAAAGAAAAGGCAGUUGGAAGCUGACAGCGGUUACAAAAUAAUUUUUAAAAUUAAAAAUAAAUUAUUUUUAUAAAAUGUUAACGUCGGAGGAGAAGCUCAAUUCCAAAUGUUGAACUGGAAAAUGGAAGGGAAAGGCAGCUGGAAGCCGUUUACUGUCACAAAAUUAUAUAUAUGAGGCUAAGCUGAUAGUGUUGAACUGGUAAUGAAAAAAAGCAGAAGAUUAAAAUCACAUGUGGAUAUAAUACACUCAUACAAUUUUGAAACCUUCAUUGUACGUAUUCAUUUGUUUGAUUUUGUCAUUCAUUUUUUUUUUUUUUUUAUUCGUUGUGGAAGGGUGACCGUUUUGUUGAUCAAGUUGUGAAUGAUGCUGAGAGAAUGGUCGUAUAUAUAUAUGAGUGAAAGGAGAGAGUGUAUGAAGAUACAACUUUAUGCCUUCACGUGUUACAUUAAAUGCUGUAGACAUUUUCAGGUCAAACGUGUGUUUCUGGGUUCCUCUGUUUGUGAAAUGGGAAAAGUUCUAAAUACCACAUUUCUAUGAAAACUGAAAACACAUUGGCCAUUUCAUCAUUUGUUAUUUUUGAAGUCCCAGGUUGUGAACCAGGUUUUUCUGUCAGAGCCAGUGGUUCUGUAACUUUUUUUUCACCCAGAGACAUAAGGGCAGAGUUUGUCACAUACACAGUGUGGAAUAAAGCAUGCCAUUGUACAGUCAAACUGUGUCAUUAAUGAAUUGCAAAAUGUUGGAGAUGUACUUCACAUGAUGCACUGGGUUUGUUUCUCUUUAUUCUGACCUCUGCCACACACUCGACUCUUUGUGGACUGUUCCGUGGAGGAUGAAAACUUGUACUGGUGGGAGUUUUACCUCACAGAAGGAUGUUGUAUAGGUGUUGUUUGAAUAGGUAAAGCCUGUACUGGUGGGUGUCUUACCUCACAGAAGGCUGGUACAGACAUUGAAUGUUUGAAUAUAUUUGAAGAAAUGUCAUAACACACAGUAGGACAUCUUGAAAAAUUGUGGCUUCAGUAUUUUCUUAUUUUGAAACGUUUUUUGCUGACGAGAAGAAAAUUAGCGACCUACCCAUGGUUCUAUUCUUCCCAGUUUGAGCAAACACGAAGGCCUACCAAAGACUUCAUUUUGAAAAAUGUAGGGCCUGCCUGGUACUCAUGUUGAUAAAAAUCGACUCCAUUAUUUAUCUAACGUGUGUUGUUAUUUCUUUGUACAAUUCAGUAUUUUCAGAAAACAUUUGAGCAAUAUACAACCACUGAUUUCCUUGCCACUGAUCAUCCUGAAUGUGUUGUCAUAGCAUCCGCCGGCUGUUCAGAUCUAUUUAGCCCAAAAAUUUAGAAUUUUUUAUUUUAAAAAUUUAUUUAGAUUUUAUAACAUUUUCUGACACAGUAGUAUCAGUUGCAAGUGCUCCAGAAUGUUCUGUAGAAAUUCCAAGUGUAAAUGUUGAAAAACACCAGAAAAAAUAGGUCAUGUAAGUUAAAUGUAAGUAAAAUUGUUCAAAGAGAGAAACAGUUCUUGUUUCUCCAACCUUAACAAUUUUGCUUUCGGAACUUGGAACAUUUGAACUGCUUAUUGACAACCCAGUGUCUUACAAUCACCGAUCACUGCUGCUUUUCUAUGUUUUACUGUAGGCCUACUGUGUACUGUGUCUGCUAUGUAUAUUUUACAGUACUGUUUCUGCUAUGUAUCUCUGGAGAGAGCAGUGACCACCGGCAACAUUUGUACAUACAGAUCAAAGGGGAAAGAAGAACACAAUUUUGGAACACUUUUAUCACAUCCGCCUUUCACAUGAAAUAAACAUGUUUUCUGAUAUCCUCUA